AUGGACUGGGCUGAGUUAGUGUCCCAUAUUCGCCAGAAAAACAGCCGCCACAGAGUUCAAAUCGACUCGCGCUGCUUUGACGGCUUGAAAAAUGUCGAAAUCGGAAAAGAAAGCGCCGUUCUGGCGGCUUCUUUUGCACUCUAUUCAAACGCCGGCCUCCGCCAAGAUCAAUUUGACUUUUUGCUGAAAAUCCUGAACACGAAUUGGGGCGAUUAUGCUGCAAUUGGAGUUGUCUAUGGACUAUCUUCUAAGUCCUUCGAUGGGAAACAGUUCAUUGACGUUUCUUUCAACGGAACCAAGAAAUAUCCUGAGAAAACAAAAGAAGAAAAUCCGGAUUUCUCGAUUCACAGUCUGAAAGUCUACCGCCGAUGGACCGAUGUGUCUGAGCCCCAUCUCCUUGCAUUUUCGACAGCCCUCAUUGAAAAGCUUUCAACUCCUCGAAUCAACGCCCUCGUCUAUUCUUCCAAAUUCCUGACCUACACUUCCAAGACCUUACCGAGCGAGAGGCAGAAUGAAAUGUUCACCCACGUCAUCAACGCCUUGUCUAAAAUGCUCAUCGACAACUCGAACAUCAACGAAAUGAAGAAUCUCGGGAAGAGCUUCCUCACUGACUUUUGCAACGAUGAAGCGUCGAUUGAAGGCGUGGCGAAAAUGUGCGCCGCUGCGGAAAAUGCGGAAUACGAAGCAAAGAUCUUUGUCAUCAGGGUUAGUGGAGAAACAAUCGUGCAGAACCAUCAUCUUCGUGAGAAAAUCCUGCCAAUUGUCACUCCCCUCGCUAUCGCCACUCUCGCUGAGUGCGACGACGACGAUGAAUCGGAUAUCCUCCGCGUUCUCGACGAAAUCGACAGUUUGAGCAUCCAAGAGUUGAAAAACCUCCGCCAGAGCAUCGUCAAUCUCCGCUUCCGUCGGAGCGUCUCCUUCAACAUCACGCUGAUGGAAAUCUUCCAGAAACACACUUCUAAAUUCCCUCUCGGUCAGUUUUGGAAGGAAUUCGGGAUCUAUGACGAGUCUGAUGAGCGAUUUUCCUUCAAUAUCACCCUCAUCAUCGACGAUUUCAUCAAAUCUCUCAACGAUCCUACCAAGUAUGAGUGGCUCCAACAGUUUUUCAAUCUGGCCAUCGAUGGAAUUCUUGCCGGCGCAAAGCUCGACAAAACCGCGCAAAUCAUGAACAUCCUCGCCCUCAUGACACUGGAAAUCAAAAAGAUUCCCGAAAACAACCUGGCUUCGACUGUCCUCCGAAUUUUCGAGAAACUAUCCUCGAGUUCGACCUCGAUCGUCAAUUCUUUCGAAAUCCUGAAUCUCUUCGACUUCAUCCUUUCAGAAGAAGACGAAGAAAAGAAGAUCCAGAAGUCCUUGUUUCAUAAAAUCAUGGCCGCACGAGUCGAUGUAUUCGUUGAAAACAAGGUUCAUCUUGAAGAAGAAACUUUUGAAGAACUCAAAGGAAUAUCAAAAGAAGGAUCGACCUUCAAAAAGCUCUCGUACCGUCAAAAGACUGUAUGA